AAAAAUGGAGUAAAUUUCCAUAUGGAAUAUAUAAAGCAACAAUAGAAGGAAAUCCACCAAAGAAAAGUCUUCAAUGCACGAGAUAUUUGUGUUAUAAUCCACAUGGGAUUUACACACAUUAUGAUUUAGAAUGCGCACGAAAAAAUGGAUUGAAAGUAACAUUGAUGAAUAUAUCACCAAAUGUGCUUAUUUACGAAAGAAAUGUACGUAUAACAGGAAAAGACAUGUUUGGUGAAUGGGGUAAAAUGUUAUAUAACAUUAAGAAAGAAGGAGGAACAGCUGGAAAAGUAAGUAAAGCAUUAUUAGUUUCAUUAUGGGGUGUCUUAUGUGAGCAAAGAAAUGGGCAAAAUUAUGGUACACACCCACGAAUAAAACCAUUCUUAUUAGCGUCAGCACGAAAAAGAAUAUCAGAAAUUGUGAAACCACUAGGAGAUCAAGUAAAACGUAUACAUACAGAUGGCUUUAUUGUAGCUGGAAAAGUCGAACUUAAAACGGGAAUAGAAAUGGGUGAGCUAAAAUUCGAGAAAAAAGGAGUUUGUGUAGUAAAAAAUUGUAUAUCAAUUACAUGGAAACCGUCAUAUCCAGAAAUUCCAAAUUUGAUCACAAAUAUUUUACCAGAUUUUGAGAAAAUACAAAAAGAUAAAGAGCAGAAUAUAAAGUUAGAUACAGAGUAUCCUGCUUCACAGACAGAAAAAAGGAAACUAUCAAAAAAGUCCGAUAUAAAUCUUCCGAAUGAAAUUAUAAUAGAAAUAUUUCAACAUUUGCGAACACAAAAUGAUAGAUUAGACACAGAGUGUCCUGCUUCACAGUGUG